AUGUCAGAAUCACUACCAAAUCUCACCUCCUUCACGCCUGAAGAAUACACCAAUGAUUGGACCUACAUCCAACUCGCCGCAAGGUACAUCGGUCUCCGUGCCGAAUACCUCGCCCUUCGCACUCUCGUCGAUGGCGCCAUCGCUGCUCACCCCUUUGAGCGCGAACGCACCAUCCACAACCUGCAAAAUGCGCGCCUACGGCUAGAGAACGAAAAAGAGCAGCUACGCGCUCAGAAACGACAACUUGAGAGGGCAAACCUGACAAACCGGAAUAUCAACUGCGACUUACUGCGGCGGUACUCGGAAAUGCAGGAAACUCUCAACAUAGUUCUGCAAGCGCAAUCUCAAGGAGAUCGGGAGGCGCGAGCGCAGCACGCGAAGAUUGAGAGACUUCAGGAAGAAAAUGAGAAUCUUCGGUGGCAGAUUGAGAUGUUGGUUAAGGCAAGGGAUGAAGAUGCAGGCAGUCCAGCUGGUUUGUGGAAUAAGGGGGAUAAAUCGCAAUCAGAAGUGGGUGAGAUGGGAAAGACGGCUGAAAACCUAGACGGCUGGGUUGAUAAAGUCAUCACUGAACAAGAGAAAAUGAGGAAGGCUGAGAUAUCCUGA